AUGAUGUAUAACUACUCAUAUUUCUCUGUUGAAAUGAGCGCUGAAGCCUUCGCUUCAGUGAACGUGCCUUUCUCUGCGGUCAGCGUUCUUCUGAACAUCUUUUUCAUCUACUGCAUGGUGGUUCCACAGCAAGGAGCAGAGCAGCUGAAAGACCCUCUCAAGGUUUUACUGGGAUCGCUUAUUGGCUGCAACAUUAUUAUCCAUUCUUGCAGCUUUUUAAUUGUUUUGACAGAUUUUGUCUUGUAUAAGAUUUUCCCGAAUUGGUUCACAUCGUAUGUUCUGCAUAAUUUGACUUUGAGUGUUAUGAUGUACACCGUGAUGACCAUCAUUACCUCCUGCUACUGGAGGAACGUGUUUUACUUCUGCCAGAUUGUUCCUUUACAGCAUUCUGUCUUUAUCUGGUUUAAGAGGAACAUGAGAGGCUUAAUCCGCUCUGCUCUGAUCUUAAGCAGCAUUUUUUGUUUGUUUGGAAUGGCUGUCAGCGCUGCUUAUGAAAUUGUAAUAUUUAACUUAUACAUAGCAUAUAAUUCCUCAGAUGAUGCAAUGAAUGCACUGUUCAAUGCCCUGCAGGUAAAGGAGAUAAUAUUGGUGGGCUUCUGGAUCAGGGUGGGCAUUUUCCUGCUCAGUCUGUGUGUGAUGUUGUCAUCCAGCUGUGCAGUUGUUCUCUACCUGUGGAGACACAUGAAGAACAUGGAGGACAGCGGCCUCAUCUCGCCUAGUCUCCAGAGACGGAUAAAGAUGACCAUCACAGGCAUCACAAUGCAGGUGCUCCUUCACUUCCUCUGCUCAGAUGGGCUUAUAAUCUUUCAGAUUAUAACACAGUACUCUGAUGUGGACGUGGAUUGGAAUGGCAAUAUCCUCUGCACCAUCAUCUCUUUAUACUCCUUUGGGACAACAGUUAACAUGAUGGUUGGUCAGUCACUGUUCCGGCAGCGAGCAGUUCAUGCUUGGCGAAAGCUUCUCCAGAGUCUUUGA